CGCGCCACUCCACUGCCCCCCUCCGCCGUCGCCGCCGCGGCGGCAGCUCGUGCCCUCGCCGCCCGCCUAGCGGACACCCACCUCUCUCGCUUCGAGGCCUAAACCCUAGGCGGCCGGUAGCCGGCGGCCGGCGGAGUCCCCCAUCCUCCUUGCCCGCUGCGGCGGCAGCUCGAGGGCCCGUCGCCAUGGCGGCCUUAGCGGCGCGGAUCCUACGGCGGGGCCCCGUUCGCUCCUCCGCGCGUCUGGCCUCCAUAAGUGGUUCAUGGGAUCGAAUGUGCGGCUCGGCGCCGUCGCCUCCUGCCGCCUUGUUCGCGCGUCCGUGCGGUGGGUCUGGACCGGAGGCACAUGGCUGGAGCUGGUGGCGGUGCUUUCGCCAGCCCGUGAGGUGCGGGAGCACGGCGGUUAGGCUGGACACGGACGGUGGGUUCGCCAGGUUCUCGGUCCGCGACAUGGAAGGUGCGAAGCAGAAGGGGGGCCAGAAGCAGCAGCCGCCGAAGAAGAAAAUGUCGAGGAAAGCCAAGGUCAACCAGCUCAAGUGGUACCGUCUCAAGGCCAAGAAGAAGAUGAAGUCGCCCAAUCCCGAAGUUAGGAUCAGGUACAAGCUUGAAAAGGCUAAGAGAAAGGAGGAAUGGCUGAUUGAGAAGCUGAGGAAGUAUGAGGUCCCAAGGACACCGGAACCAGUUCAUGACCCUGAGAUUUUAACUGAGGAGGAGAAGUUUUACCUCAAGCGAACUGGAGAUAAGAAGAAGAACUAUGUUCCCGUUGGGAGGAGAGGGGUUUUUGGUGGUGUGGUUCUCAACAUGCACCUCCAUUGGAAGAAGCAUGAGACUGUGAAGGUGGCUUGCAAGCCCUGUCGGCCUGGCCAAGUGUAUGAGUAUGCCGAAGAACUAACAAGGCUCAGCAAAGGCACAGUCAUUGAUAUCAAACCCAAUAAUACCAUUAUAUUUUAUCGAGGGAAGAACUAUGUGCAGCCAAAGGUCAUGUCACCUCCCGAUACUCUUUCGAAGCAGAAGGCAUUGGAGAAAUAUAGGUAUGAACAAUCUCUUGAACAUACCAGCCAGUUUAUUGAGAAGCUGGAGAAGGAGCUUGAAGACUACCAGAAGCAUGUUGCUCUAUUUAAGAACCGUGAGGGAGCUACCUCUGUAGAUGAAGAGACCACGGUUGACGACCCUACAGUUACCUCAUAUUCUGAAUGAUCGAACUCUUUAAUAUGCUGGAUCCAUUUGAGAACCAUGAGGGAGCUAUUCUGGAAAAAAGCAGUGAAGGAGACAUACGUUUGUACAGUCUAUCUGUGUCUUCAUUGCUAGGAAGCUGUAAAAUAGGAGGACUUACUCUUUUGCGGUUGACCUUGUACAUAGAACACAAUGAAUGACACAAUGAAUGGUGUGUUUGGUUCAGCUGUGGAUUUCUAAAAAUCUGAUUUCUGGAAUCAGCUGUGGGAAAGCUGCUGUGAGUUGACAGCUGUGGGAAAGCUGAAAGCUGUUUGGUUGAAACAACUGUCAGCUGUGGAUUUCUGUAAGAAAUGUCUGUUAUGCCUCUGAGA